AUGGGUAACUACAGCAUUGUCAGGGAGUUUGUGCUCCUGGGAUUUUCUUAUCUCCAUGAGUUCCGGGUUCUGCUGUUUGCUCUGAUCCUGUUGAUAUAUGUGCUGACGCUGCUGGGCAACCUGGCCAUCAUCAGCCUCAUUUGCCUUGACUCCUGCCUUCACUCACCCAUGUACUUCUUCCUCUGCAACUUCUCCCUCAUGGAGAUGGUGGUCACCUCCACUGUGGUACCUAGGAUGCUGGCAGACCUGCUAUCCACUCACAAGACCAUGUCCCUGGCCAAAUGCCUAACCCAGUCUUUCUUUUACUUCUCCCUGGGCUCUGCCAACUUCCUGAUACUCACGGUCAUGGCCUUUGAUCACUACGUGGCCAUCUGCCACCCCCUGCGCUACCCAACCAUCAUGAAUGGUCCAGUGUGUGUGAAGCUGGUGGUGACCUGUUGGGUGGUUGGUUUCCUCUCCAUUGUCUCUCACACACUGCAGAAAACACGACUCUGGUUCUGUGGCCCUAACAUCAUCGGCCACUACUUCUGUGACUCUGCCUCGCUGCUCAAGCUUGCCUGCUCUGACACCCGCCACAUUAAGUGUGUGGACCUCUUCCUGUCCCUGCUUUUUGUGCUGACCACCAUGCUGCUUAUCAUCCUUUCCUACGUCCUCAUUGUGGCUGCAGUGCUGCACAUCCCUUCCUCCUCUGGAUGCCAGAAGGCCUUCUCCACCUGUGCCUCUCACCUCACAGUGGUGGUUCUGGGCUAUGGCAGUGCCGUCUUCAUCUACGUGAGGCUAGACAAGGGCCACUCCAUAUACCUCAACAAGGUGGUGGCCCUGGUGACUGCAGUGGUAACCCCUUUCCUCAACCCCUUCAUCUUCGCCUUCCGGAAUGAGAAGGUCAAGGAGGUCAUUGAGGAUGUGACCAAAAGGAUCUUCCUUGGAGAACCAGCAGCCUGUAGGUGA